CUCUCUCUCUCUCUCUCUCUCUCUCCCUCUCUUUCUCUCUGUGGCUCUUGCAGAUAUGGCAGAAACAUAAUGCCAAUACUUAGCAUGCAAAAAAGAACCCCCAUAAAAAUCCAUUCUUUAUGAGGUUUUGAUAACUUCCAUUCACAGCAAAGCACAUUCAUUGAGGGUUUAUUUCCCAAUGGUUGAUAAAAACAGCUUUGACUGUGCAGCAACAGACCUGCUCUGUGAUGAAGGAAGCAAAGGCUUGUGCUUUGACGAUGAUGAUGAUGAUGGUGGUCUCUUUGAGCCGUUCAAUGACCAAAGCCAUCAUCAAUCCAAUGGUGAAAAAGAAGUGAUCUUUAGCAAUGGAGGGCCAGAUUCAGAGGCAUUGAUGUAUUUGCCUUGUCUGAGCGAAGAAUGCAUUUGUUGGAUGGUUGAGAGAGAGAGGGUGCACUUGCCAAGAGAUGAUUAUCUCAGUAGAUUGAGGAGUGGAGAGUUGGAUAUACGUUUGAGAAGAAAGGCUCUUGAUUGGAUGUUUAAGGCCUGUGCCCACUACAAUUUCGGAGAGUUGUGUUUGUGCUCGGCUAUGAGUUACGUUGAUCGGUUCUUAUCGGUGUAUGAACUGCCCGUAGAUUCACUGGAGCGGGGAGAUAAAAGAUGGGCUAUUCAAUUGGUUGCCGUUGCGUGUUUAUCACUGGCAGCCAAGAUAGAGGAGGUUAAUGUUCCUUCUACUGUGGACUUGCAGGGAGGAGAGACCAAGUUCUUGUUUGAAGGAAAAACGAUCCAAAGAAUGGAGAGUGCUGAAGCUUAUACGCCAUGCAACUUCAUCGACUACUACCUCAGAAAGACAAACGAUAACGAAUUCCCAUCAGGGCCUUUGAUUACUAGAUCACUUCAAAUCAUCUUAAGCACACUCGAAGGUAUCGAGUUCUUGGAAUUCAGGCCAUCUGAAAUAGCUGCAGCUGUGGCCAUGUAUGUUUCAGGAGAAAUACAAGCAACCGACAUCGAUGAUGCAGUGUCUCGUUGCGUGGGAGUCGAGAAGGAGAGAGUAGUGAAAUGCAUUGAACUGAUUCAAGAACUGAAAUCAACCAGAGGGAUUAGUACUACUACUACUACAAAUGUGGGUAAUGGCUCAGUUUCAUCAACAUCAGAGCCACAGAGUCCAAAUGGGGUGUUGGAGGCAGCAUGCUUGAGCUAUAAGAGUGAUGAGGGAACAGUUGAGUCAUGUCCAAGUUCUUCACACACUAGCCCAGACACUAAAAGGAGGAAACUGGACCAAACAGCAACUGUAGGGGGGGAAUCUUGAAAAAGUCAUGAAAAAUUGUGAAAACAUUUUCCCUAUAAUUUUUACUUCACACCCUCAUCAGUGAGUUCUUGGUGGAUGAGAGCUUUGGUGUGGAUUCCCCCCAACACACCCAAAAAAAAAAAAAAAAAAAA